AUGGUUCAGAUUCAGCUGAAUAAUGAAAUACUUCAGAGAAUGAAUAGCUGUCAUACAAAUGAGAAGAUCAUUUUAUCAAUAAACCAUGCAGAAAUCACAUUGAACAAGUAUUUUGCAAUUGCGAUUUCCCGAAAUAUAUUCUCUAAAUUUAAAUUAGACAAUAAUAUUGCAAAAUUCGGUAUAACUGUUCCAAUUGAAUCAAUUGAAACAUAUAGUGUCGUAAAAGAUAUUCUUCAAUAUAACAAAACAGAAAUUGAAUGCGACCAAAAGAUCUUAAAUGAUCUUUUUCAUAUUGGAACAGUACUUGGAAUAAAUGUAUUAAUUGAUUUAUACAAAACUCAUGUUAUUGAUCAUAUGAUUAUAGACAAAAAUAAUUGUCUUCAAUUACUUGACUUUUACUACAACACACAAUUAGAUGAAAAGAUGACAGAAUGUUGCGAAUUUAUAUCGUCUCAUUUCUAUGAAAUUGAGGAAAAUCAACUUAAAACAAUCACGAAGGGAUAUGCAUCUGAUAUCCUUGAAAGAAUAAUUUCUAGUGCUAAACUUCUAAUCAAAAAUGAAGAUUCUUUAGCUGACUUCAUUAUUUCUAUAGCACAAGAAAACGAGAAAUUCUUUUCUUUAAUUGAAUAUAUCCAUUUCGAGUUUUGCAAUGAGAAAGUUAUCAAUAAACUCCUUCAGAUAAGCAACGAAAAUAAUUAUAUAAAUAUUAUCAAAUCUCUUCAUGAUUCAUUAUUGAGAUCAAAAAAUCAAAAUCGAAAUUAUAGUCGCUUCAAAGUUCCAGAUGAGAUUAUAACAAAAAUAGAUGAAUUAAAAAAAUCAGGUUCCGAAGAGGCUAAUUUGAAUUUCCUUGACGAACUAUUGUCAACUGGAAAUCAGGCAACUCUUUCAUUUGUAUUAAAUGAUGUCUUGCAAAGGAGUCGAAGGGGUAAAAGUGAGAUGCUUUCUCAAGCAUGUCAAGAUGGUAUACUCAUAAUGAUCAAAUUGUUAAUUAAGUGUGGUUGUGACAUAGAAGAUAAGGAUCAUGAAGGAUUGACUCCACUCAUUCAUGCAUUAAUAAACCAUCAUUUUGACGUAGCCAACUAUCUUAUCUCAGUUGGAGCAAAUAAAGAAACUCCACUCUUUGUUUUCGCAUGUGAAGGCGAUCUUGAAAUUGUUAAAUAUCUUAUCUCUAUUGGAGCUGAUAAAGAAGCAAAGGAUAAUUAUGGAUCCACUCCACUCAUUAUUGCAUCAAGAAAUGGUCAUCUUGAAGUUGUUCAAUAUCUUAUCUCAGUUGGUGCUGAUAAAGAAGCAAAGGAUAAUUAUGGAUCUACUCCACUCAUUGAAGCAUCAAAUAUUGGUCAUCUUGAAGUUGUUAAAUAUCUUAUCUCUGUUGGAGCUGAUAAAGAAGCAAAGGAUAAUGAUGGAGAUACUCCACUCAUUAUUGCAUCAGAUAAUGGUGAUCUUGAAGUUGUUCAAUAUCUUAUCUCAGUUGGAGCUAAUAAAGAAGCAAAGAAUAAUGAUGGAGAUACUCCACUCAUUGAAGCAUCAAAAUAUGGUCAUCUUGAAGUUGUUCAAUAUCUUAUCUCUGCUGGAGCUGAUAAAGAAGCAAAGAACAAUGAUGGAAAAACUGCUUUCGACAAAGGUAAUGAAGAUAUUUGCAAUUUUCUAUCUUCAAAUUGA